CCACUUAUAACUACAACUUCCGGUUUCAUGGUGUUCCAUCCAAAUAACAUAAAACCCAUUUUUCUCAUAAUUUAGCUGAAUUAAUUUUAAAAUGCAUUAGCUAAUAAUUGAAUUAAAAGACCAGUAUACAAUGUCUUGGCCAGGGAGACUUGAAACGGCGCUGAGUGUUAUCUUGCGCGUCCCGCCCCUGUUUCUGCUCGAUAGUGUGUUGAACAAGUCUUUCCUGGCCUUCAUAUUUCCGUAUGAUCCUUCUAUGUCUUGGCAACAGUUCAUAUCAUGGUUUAUUUUUAUGGCUUUUGUAUUCCUAAUUGGUCUGAUUAUGUUUGUAAUGUCGAUUCGUCAGCUUCUGAGGAUCUACAGUUAUGUUGUGAAUAUUGUUGUCCUAGGUUUGUCAUACUGGUGGAACCAUAGCUUUAUUAUUGAGGUACAAGACGAGGAUGCUGUCAUAGAUGAGGAAAGCAUUGCAUUCCCUCGACGAGACUUGGUCUAUAAAUACUUUUUUGCUCAGUUCUUUCUGGCAUGGCUAUUUUAUAUGGCAUGGGAUAUCCGCAGGUCGUCAGAUGGCCUUAGUAACUUCACAAAAAGUGCAAUGCAGACUGCUGUUCAUUUGUCUUUCAUAUCACCUAUAGUCGUAGAUGGGUUGUUAAAAAUUGGUUUCUACCGAGACUGGAGCCCAAUAUUUGCUAUUAUUUACCCAGUGAUGCACAUUUCACAUGAUAUUCUUGACUCAUUAUCAAACGUGUACUUUUCUUGUAAACGAAUGUACAAUAUUGUGAGAGUGACGGUCAGUGCAAUAGGAAUUCAGGCGUUUAUUGAGGAUCAGUGGAUGCGACUCCAUGUUCCAAAAGUUCUUAGAAUUUUUUUCGUCACCAGGGUCUCGUAUCAGCUACAGUUUAUGUUAGCGCGAUAUAUUAUGAUACUCCUCCGAAAAUGCAUUUUGAAAAUAUUACUGAAGAGUACAAGAUUUAGAAUUUUUAAAACUUAUUUUCAAAAAAUUAUUGGUAAAAAAAACUGCGAGACAAUUUGGGUUUUUCUUCUUUGGAACAAAAAAGGGUUUUUUUUCAUUUUUGCCCCCAUUACAAAUUUUUUUUAAAUUAUGGGUUUUUGUGUAGGGGCAGAUACUGAAGAAGAUAGGAACAUGGGAACUGUGUCGGCCAUUUUGUUUUUUCUGCUGGCGCUACAGACUGGAUUAACAGGUCUGGAACCAGUCAAAAGACUUGUACGCUUGUACCGUAACUUUGCCCUGUUGUCCGCAGCUAUUUUACAUUUUAUUCAUAGUAUGGUUAAUCCAAUUUUACUUUCUCUCAGUGCAUCUCACAGUACUUCAGUUAAAAAACAUUUACGUGUGUUAGCAAUGUGUGCAGUUCUUGUGAUAUAUCCAAUAUGCCUUGUGACUUACCUAUGGCAACACCACAGUGCUAGUCCCUGGCUUUUAGCAGUGACGGCAUUUAGUAUAGAGGUGAUUAUUAAAGUUAUUGUUUCAUUAAUGGUGUACAGUUUAUUUAUGAUUGAUUCUUAUAGAGACACAUUUUGGGAAAAAUUAGAUGAUUAUAUAUAUUAUAUACAGUCUACAGGCAACACUAUAGAAUUUCUGUUUGGAAUAUUUAUGUUUUGUAACGGCGGCUGGAUAAUGAUAUUCGAGUCGGGAGGUGCUAUACGAGCUGUAAUGAUGUGCGUUCAUGCAUACCUCAAUAUAUUUGUUCAAGCCAAGGAAGGCUGGAAAGUAUUUAUUAAAAGGCGGACGGCUGUGAAUAAAAUUAAUUCGUUACGUGAAGCAACAAAGGAAGAACUAGAAGCAUUCAACGACGUUUGCGCGAUAUGUUAUCAAGAAUUAAAGACGGCUCGUGUGACGCGAUGUAAUCAUUAUUAUCACAGUGUGUGUUUAAGGAAAUGGCUGUAUGUACAAGACAAUUGUCCCCUGUGUCACGAGGUGUUGUACAAACCCCCAGGGGAUCAAAACGGGGAGGCAAAUACACAGACAAUGGAUGAGGCUAACCAAAACAAUAUACAUAAUGAUAACAGAGAACCGCCGGAUAUGUAAAUUCUGUGAUAUUUUUGUAUAUUUGCAAGCAAAUCUUUGUAUUUAUUUGUUGAUUUUGAUGUUUAUAAUUUGAUUUACAUUCAAAAAUAUUCUAUUCUGUUUGAUAAUGUCUUUUUUAAUGAUAUAAUUUUUUCAAGAUUAAACUAGGUAUCCAGUUUACCCUUACCAUACUUAUUUCUUAUGUUGAGCUUGACCUGAUUUUGAAUUAGGAAUGUUUCUAUUUCUGGUAUGAAAAUGUUAACAUGUUAAAAAAACAGCUGAAUAAAGCCCUGUCGAAAUGCUUCAAUAUGCAUACUGGCUUGGCUCUAAUCUGAUGGGUUCGGCAUUUUAUCAUUGCUGCUGAAAUCAUUGUAGAUACUGGCACAAAUUUUGUAUACAAGUUUUAAACCAUGAUUAUUUGUAUUCCAGUUCUGUCUGUAAAUCUCAAUUUUGUAGAUCAAGAAAUAGAAUAAUCUACAUGUUUGUAAAACCAGUCAUUUUCAUUUACAAAACCAUUAAUGUUGAUUGUUUUCAGUUUGAUAUUAUGAGAAGUGGAAUAAUUCAGAUACAGGGAAAAAUACAGUUAUUUUUAUUAAAACCAAUUAUUUAUUUAUUUUCAUUUUCUCUGUUUGUUAUUGAGUGAAACAGAGAUAUUUUACUUUAAACAAGUGACAAAAAUGAGUAAGUUGUGAUAGAGGAUAUAAUGAUUAUACUGGUUUUGUGUGUGUUUUUUUUUUUUAUGAAAACAUUAAAUUUUUUAAGGUUUUUUUGUUUAAAAAUGAUCUCUAUAAUUGCAAGUGUGACUUUUCUAUCAACACCUGGGCUAUUGGCUAUGGAUUUGAUAACCAGAUGACUUUAUUAUUAUAUAAUUUUAUGUCAAGAAAAUUCUUGAACAUUUCUUACCUUUUCCUUUUCAUUACAGUAGAGCUGUCAUCGAUAGAAACAAUAUUGAUGUAUCAUCGAUAUUUUUCUAUUGAUCAUUAAUCGAUACACAUUUCAAAAGAACUGAUAACUGACUUAUUAAAUAGAUGUCUAGAAAUUAUGAAAAUUCAGUAUUAUUCACCCAAAAGAUAUAUAGAAGCAGCACUGCUGUAGUUACAUAAUGGAAAUACAUAUAUAUUUCAUAGCAAUGAUGACAAUAAAUGGUCUGGAAAAAAAAUCAUGCAAUGGGCAU